AUGAUGGUGAUCUGCUUUGGUUCUGUUUGCACCUCUCUGGGAUAUGGACACAGAGCCCUCGACAAGAACCAAGGACGGUUUCGUUCGUGUUCUUGCAGCGAAUCCCCACGAGGGAGCCUCAGGGGCAGGAGACGCCACAGCUGCCGGGCUACAGCGGCGGCCCCAGAGCCGGGACGGGGCACGGACGCCCCCGCGGGGACCCCGGCGGGGCCGUGCCGUGCCGUGCCGUGCCGUGCCGUGCCGGGCAGGGGGCGGGCCGAGGCCCCGAGGGAGGGGCUGCGCGGAGGAGCGCGGUGGGCGCGGAGCGGCCGCAGGCACGGGGGCGGCGGGCUCGGAGCGGAGCGGAGCGGAACGAUGCCCGCGGCCGCAGCCCCGCGCCUCUGGCUCGGCGCGGCCGUGCUGGGCUGGCUGGCGGCGGCCGGGGCCCGCCGCAGAGUUCUAGAAUGCUCCCCUGGUGGACAUCAGGUCCUGCAGAGCCCUUACCGAAGCGUGGAUUUUGAUUCAUCCCACCUCCAGCAAUCAGCUAUUCAGGAUUUAAUCUGUGACCAUUCCCUAACACCAGGAUGGUAUCGCUUCAUGAUUUUUGAUAAGCCUGCUGAGAUGCCAACCAAGUGCGUGGAGAUGAAUCACUGUGGGACUCAAGCCCCUGUCUGGUUGUCUCUGAGGGAGUCAGAAUCCAUGCCUCAGCCUGGUGAGAUCACGCAGUUAACAGCUUGUGCUACGUGGCAGUUUUUCUUCAGCACUUCAAAAGACUGUUGUCUUUUCCGAAUCCCCGUCAGGGUGAGGAACUGCGGAGAUUUCUUUGUUUACUUUCUGCAGCCCACCCAAGGAUGCAUGGGGUAUUGUGCAGAAGUUAUUUCAGAUGUAAGGCCACAGACCUGUGAUCCUGAGGGAACAGAAAUUGAAGGCAUUUGUAGCAGUAACCGGGCUCCUACAUCAUCUCCAUCUGUGUCACCACCACUUCCAUCUGUUCCUGAAGUUGUAGCAGAGAUGAUCAAAGGCAGCAUCUACCUAAGGUGUACCUUUGGCAUUCCUUUCGCCAACAGCUCUGUUGGAUUCAUUGUAACUUGGUCAAGACUUUCUCCCGAAGGUGUCAAAGAAGAACUUACACAUGAAACAGCAGUUCAUACCUUCUCACUUCUAGAACUAGAUGGGAUAAACAUCAGACUUGGAGACAGAGUCUACUGUAGCAGUUCUUCUUUUUUCAUGGAGAAGCCAGAUAUACAAAGUUCUUCAGUUGAGAGCAAGGAAUUUUUUGCUGGAAUUAAGAUACAUCCAGAAACAUAUGAUAUAUCAGAAGAUGGGAGGGAAUACAGACUGACAAUAGAAAGUAGCAUUCCUAUUCCUUGUCCUGAAUUUAGCCAACUAAAAAGUGACUGCAAAAUCUCACUAACAUUAAACAGUGUUGAUGAAGGUAAAGAGCAGUUAGGUCUAAACUUGGCUCUUUCUUCUUGUCAUGUGGAUCUUCUCCAGAAAUCCUGCAAUGAUGGAAUCUGUAGUCAAGCUGUAAUUUAUUUCAGUGCUGUGACAGACUUCAUGCAGGAUGGAGACAGGAUUACCAGAAUUGCAGUUGAACCUAUAUCCAGUGAGAAUUUCCUGUGGAAUGGCUAUGUUCCAGAAAGCACACAGAUUACAGUUAAGGAUCUACCCACUGCCUAUUGUUACUCAUUUACUGACCCUCAUAUAAUUACUUUUGAUGGAAGAGUCUAUGACAAUUUUAAAACAGGAACAUUUGUUCUCUAUAAGAGUACAUCUCGAGAUUUUGAAGUUCAUGUUCGCCAGUGGGACUGUGGAAGUCUUCACUACCCAGCAUCCUGCAACUGUGGCUUUGUUGCUAAGGAAGGAAGUGAUAUAAUUGCAUUUGACAUGUGCAGUGGUCAGCUCCAUGAAUCACAGCCACACUUAUCUGUAAUAAACAGAGACACAGCAGGAAGCAAUGUCAGAAUCACUGAAUCCUACCUAGGAAGAAAAGUAACAGUUUUGUUUUCUUCUGGAGCUUUCGUUCGUGCUGAUGUGAGUGAAUGGGGAAUGAGCCUCACACUUAGGGCACCCAGUUCAGAUUACAGACAUACAGUGGGACUCUGUGGCACCUUUGAUGGAAAUGCAGAGAAUGACUAUCACACUGCAAGUGGCAUGGAAAUCCCAAACCAUGCUAAUGGUCCUUUUUCUUUUAUUAAGGAAUGGAGAAUUUUACCAGGAGAGAGCUUGUUUGACAAGACACCUGCUUCAUUUACAUCUUCUAGAAAAAUGUUAUUCUGUGACUGUACACUUGAAGAUGCCAGAUUUUAUCAACCAGCAAACAAUCUGGAGACAGUUACUCAGUCAGAACCUCCUUUGUCUUGUAAAGAAAGUGAAAAUGGUAGAUUUCUUUCUUUGAUACCAGGACUGGAUGUCACUGCUGAGUAUCUUGGUCCUGCUGAUCUUGUCAGGGGCUUAAAGAAACGUUCAUCUACACAUGAAAUGGAUUCAUCUACAGUUUUGCAGAGGCAGAAUAAAGAAACCAAACUUCACAAAACAUCACUAUUAAACUCACAUCUCUCUGCCACCUCAGAGGGAAAUACUGGUACAGAAAGAGAGGGAAGUUCAAACUUAGACAUUAGGAGAAAUUCUCACCAUUACAGGAGUCGUUUUCACAGAAAUCAAUCUGCUACAAGUAGAGGGAAGCGCCAAAAUUAUUAUGAAUACCAUCCAGUAUUCAUCUUCCAAAGCCUCAGCCAAACAGAUUUAGAGGGAUAUAGUUACUUUUUCCCAGAGGACCAUGCCACUGACACAGAUGAGAAGCUCCUUCCUUCUUGGCCCACACCUUCAGGCCUCACUGAAUCUAGUGCUUUGUUCCUGUGCCAGCAGGCAGUAGCUAAUUCCAGCAUAGGAAGGUCCUGUGGUGCCCUCCUUGGCCGGCGAACAGGGGAUGCCAUCAGUAUGUGCAUUAAAGAUCUGCUGCUGAAAGAUGACCUCGGUUGGGCAGAAGCUUCCUUAGCUCUGCUGGAGAAUGAAUGUGAGAAAAGAAUUUUAGAAGAAAUAAAUUACAGCCCACAGGAACUUGAAGAGUCAGUUGAGAGCCUCCUUACUGCUUUGAAGUGUCCCAGUCUCUGCAGUGGUAAUGGAGAGUGUACAGAAUGGGGCUGUGCAUGUUUUCAAGGCUACAGCUCGUAUGACUGCAGCGUACUGUCUGACCAGGCUCCAGAAAUUACAGAGCUGGAGAAUGCUGGGCUGUGUGACAUUCGACAGUAUGACUGCACAUCUGUGAGAGUGUUUGGACAUGGCUUCAGGGACUCAUUGAACCUGAAAUGUGAAAUCAUCAAAUUGCAAUAUAGUGACAAACAAUGGAUUCCUGGAGAACCUCUAACUAUGCCAGCUGCUUUCCAAAAUGCCAGGAGUGUUGUCUGCCAGUUACCAAGUGAUAGCCAGCAGUAUGAUGUCAUGGAUGUGGCUGAUGACAAACCCAUUGCCAGAUGGCAAAUAAAGAUUUCUAAUGAUGGAUUUAUUUAUAGCAAUUCUAAAACAAUGAUAUUAUAUGAUGGAGCCUGUCAGGUGUGUGAACCACAAGAAUCUGGGUUAUGUACAUUAAAGGAGAAAACGUGCAACAUAGAUGGACUCUGUUAUGGUGAAGGAGACACAAAUCCUACCAGCCCUUGCUUACUGUGCAGACCUGACUUAUCAAAGUUAACUUGGUCAGUUGUUGAAAGUAACCAGCCUCCAGUGCUUGAAACUUUUCAGGGUAUGCUACAGACAUUUUAUGGAGAAGAUUUUUUAUAUCAGUUUUUGGCUUCAGAUCCAGAGGGCUCUGCUAUUCAUUUCACAUUGGAUUCUGGUCCAGAAGGUGCCAGUCUUUCCCCAUCAGGUCUCCUUUUGUGGAAAGCUGUGUCAGUGAAUGUCCAUAAAUUGACAUUUUCUUUGACAGAUGACUGCAAUGCAACAACCAAGGUAGAAAUAGAGGUCAGUGUAAAAUCAUGUGAUUGCCUAAAUAAUGGCUCAUGUGUGACAAACAUUAAUUUCCCACCUGGAAGUGGAAGAUAUCUUUGUGUGUGUGUGGCUGGAUUUGAAGGUGAUCUCUGUCAAGUGAAUACUGAUGACUGUAAACUUAACCAGUGUGGUAUUGGCAGAUGUGUGGAUGGAAUAAACAGCUAUUACUGUGAAUGUCCACAUGAAUUUCAAGGUAAAUUGCUGCUUUAUUUCCAUGUGUUUAUCAUGUUUAGUAAUAGUUUUCAACCAUCAUCCUUUGAGAAUGUUUUAAACAUGUCGAGUUAUAUUCCCAGUUCUACACGUGUCCCAAAGAGAUUUAUUUCUACAGAAAUGGUCGGUAGCAGCACACCACCAGCCUCCACGGUAAAAACAAUGACCUCCUGGAAGACACCUGACUCUCAAAAAAGUGCUUCUGUACAACCUGUGGUUACUGGAAACAUUGCUCAUGCUCUAGGCACCAUCAGUGGUCACCUUGCUGAUGGGGCAAACAAUUCUUUGAUACAUGCUGUAAAGGCUGCAUCUUCAAGGAGCCAUGCUAUGUCACCUGAGAAGAAAACCAGGGCACAAGCUGAGGCCUUCAGCUAUGUAGAGAGCAGCAGGAAGACUUCCCCUAGCAGCAGAGCAAGUAUAAGCCAAGGACAUUCAUUGCCAAACAAAGCAUUCAAAGGUGGAAAUGCUCAAAGAGUUCUGCACCUAUUAGCUAAGCAUCAAGGGAGUAAUUUACCUUUUACCCUUGUGGAAGUCACUGUCCCUCCAAAAAUGCUUCCUGAAGAAUUGAAUGAAACCAUGAUUCCUAAAGCAGUGACCUGUUCUGAUUUACCCUGUUUUCCUGGUGUACCCUGUGAGCCAAGGCAGGAUGGAAGUGUCAAGUGUGGUCGUUGUCCUUAUGGUUAUUAUGGAGAUGGCUUCACUUGUAGAGCUUUAUGCAGACCUGAUUGCAAAAACCAUGGGAAAUGCAUUAAGCCCAACAUCUGUGAGUGUUUACCUGGAUACAGUGGCUCCACCUGUGAGGAAGUGGUUUGCAACAGGCACUGUGAAAAUGGUGGCAAAUGUCUCACUCCGGACACCUGCCAGUGUAAACCUGGCUGGUACGGACCUACCUGCAGCACAGCAAUGUGUAAUCCUGUGUGUCUCAAUGGUGGUUCCUGUACUAAGCCAGAUGUUUGCCUGUGUCCACAUGGAUUCUUUGGUGCCCACUGUCAGAAUGCUGUCUGCAGCCCUCCUUGUAAAAAUGGUGGCCACUGCAUAAGAAAUAAUGUCUGUACUUGUCCUGAUGGAUACACAGGCAGAAGAUGUGAAAAAAGUGUCUGUGAGCCACGAUGUAUGAAUGGAGGAAGAUGUGUAGGCCCAAACAUUUGCUCUUGUCCUUCAGGAUGGAGAGGAAAAAGAUGUAACACUCCAAUCUGUCUUCAGGAAUGUAAGAAUGGUGGGGAGUGUAUUGGACCGAGUACCUGUCAUUGUCCUCCACAGUGGGAAGGACUCCAGUGUCAAACACCUGUGUGCAACCAGAAGUGUUUGUUUGGAGGGAAAUGCAUAUUGCCCAACGUGUGCUCUUGUCGUCCAGGCUAUACUGGAGUCCUCUGUGGGAAGAAAAUUCAGGUACAAAGACAUCAUGGCUGA